CGCACGCUCAGUCCUCGGUUUACGACACCUUCACGGACGCACCACAACAUGUCCAGGAACAAGCACAAACGGCCGGGAAAAGGAACUCACAGGGGCCAGGGUAAGGGAUCAGCGCAGCAUGGCAAGAAUAUCAAGAAAGACCCUGGAGUGCCCAACCUGUCCCAUUUCAAAGAGCAAGCGAAGAGAGAGGCCGAGCAGAAGAAGAAAAGGGUGGAAGAGAUGAGAGAGAAGCAGAAAGCGGCCAGACAGAAGGAAAUGGCAAAGAGGAGGAGCCUGGACACUUUUCAAAAAGAUGUUAUGAAGCGCCAAAGAGAGUUUGAACAAAAGGAGGCCGAUCUGCGGAGUCUGGAGAAGCACGAGCAGCUGGAGAAUGAAAAUUCCAGGAAGGCUUAUUACCGGGAGUUCAAAAAGGUGGUAGAGGCGGCAGAUGUCAUAUUAGAAGUGCUGGAUGCCAGGGAUCCUUUGGGUUGCCGUUGCCCCCAAGUGGAGCAGGCUGUAGUACAGUCUGGCACAGAGAAGAAGUUGGUGCUAGUCCUAAAUAAAAUAGAUCUCGUCCCUAAACCUGUCGUGGAGAAGUGGUUGAAGUAUCUCAGGAAUGAGUUCCCUACAGUGGCCUUCAAAGCCUCCACACAACAGCAGAACAAGAAUUUGCAACAGAGCAGAGUGCCAGUCAAGCAGGCAUCUGAGGAUCUGCUGAGCACUGGAGCCUGCAUUGGAGCUGAUUCUCUAAUGAAACUCCUGGGCAAUUACUGUCGGAACAAGGACAUCAAGACCUCUAUAAGUGUGGGAGUUGUAGGGUUUCCGAAUGUGGGAAAGAGCAGUUUGAUUAACAGUCUGAAGAGAGCAAGAGCCUGUAAUGUGGGUGCCACUCCGGGGGUAACCAAAUGCCUGCAGGAGGUUCACCUGGACAAACAUAUCAAACUGCUAGACUGUCCAGGUAUCGUCAUGGCUACCACAACGUCUGAUGCUGCCGUGAUUCUACGCAACUGUGUAAAGAUCGAACAGCUUGUAGAUCCGGUGGGCCCAGUGGAAGCCAUAUUGAGACGGUGCAACAAGGACCAGAUCAUUCAACAUUACAAAGUGAGCAAUUUUCGAGAUACACUGGAGUUCCUGGCCAUGCUGGCUAAACGGCAGGGUAAGCUGAAAAAGGGUGGCACACCGGAUCAUGAGAAGGCUGCUAAGUCCGUCCUUACAGAUUGGGUGAGUGGUAAAAUCAGUUACUUCACACAUCCUCCGGAGACCCACACAAUGCCUACACACAUCAGUGCGGAGAUUGUUACAGAAAUGGGGAAGGCAUUUGAUUUUGAGGCCUUGGAGAUGGACAACCAUGAGUCUUUGUCAAAGGUUCAGUCAGCCCCGCAGGGCAUUGUUAUGGAGGUCUGUGGACUCACAGCUGGUGUCGAAGAAGAGGUGGAGGAUGUUGAACUGGAUGAGUCAAGUGGUGAGGAUGAAAAACCAACUGAUUCCAUGGAACAGGACAUUGAUACAGAGUUUGGUCCCAUGACUGUGGAAAUCAAAGCCCAAAAAAGCAAAGUCCAGCCAGAAACAGAACAAGUGGUUCCCAAAGCCCCAAAUCUAAAGGAGAUUCAAGCUAUUGACCCUCUGCAGCAAGGACAGGCCCUGCUCGCCGCAAGCAAGAAGAGGAAAAAGAUGCAAAAGCGAGCAAACAAAAUUGCAACAAAACUGUCCGAUUCAUUAACGCUAGCAAUGAAUUUUUCACUGAGCGAUGACUGAAGCAAGAGGCGAACUUUUAAAGCCCAUCAGCGACCAUUAUGGUGCAUCAUCUCUGCAGCCCCACACUCCAGACACUCGUCUUUAUCAUACCAUCUGAACUGUGCCGUGUAGAUGCUGAUGUCCUACUCAUGCUUGUGUGCAAUAUAAAGGGUUUCCACCCUGUAGAGUUUUGUCCCCCAGCCAAAGACAAUUUCCAUCAGCUCGCUCUUUUUUCCACCAUAGGUUUAUAUGACCUUUUACAUUUAGCACCGUUUACAUUUAAUUGUUAUGUGAGUGCCCUGGGAUGCACAGUUAGGCACUUGAAAUGUGCAUUUACAGGAAUAAAAUCCAUAGUGUUACUGCAA